AGUGCUAGUUCCAGGACAGGUUUCAGAGCUACAGAGAAACCCUGCCAAAAAAAAAAAAAUGUUGAGAGCAAAGCUCUUACUAAACAAGAUAUUCCAAGUGGUUCAUCAAACUUCAGUGCCAAGCAUCAGCAUCAGCAGUCAGGUCAGAAGAGAGGUCUAAAUUCUUUACACUUUUUCUCUUGUCCUUCAAAUAUUGUCCCCUUUAAACACUAAUCUGAACACCUUUGCCACAUUAGUGUGAUGAUAAGGAGUUGCGGGACCCUAGAACCAACCCAAGACCUCAAACACAAGGAUAAAUAUCUUAUUUUCCUGAGAAAAACAGAAUUGAUAGACAGGAAAAGAGCUGACUUCUAGGAAUUCUUUUAUAAUGGACCCUCAUAGAGUUCAGAAUUUUCAGACUGGCUACCAGUUUCUCAAGGUUCCUCGGGGUUGAUCUUUCUUUCCUCUUUAUGCUGAGUUUCCUACCUGCAUUUUGCUUAUGCCUUCAGUGCUUUGUGAGGUGAACUAACUGUGUGCACCUGAAAGAGGCAGCUUAAGUCCGUCAUUGCAGCUUCCUGUGAGACUGAGUCAAGGCUGAAUGGGCAAAAAUUAUCUAAACUCCCAGAGAACUUCUUCUAUAUAUAGGGUAUAAACAGAAUAGGUAUAUGUCAUCCAGAAAUAUAAAACUUAAACAUUUUAGAGUUUAUUAGAAUUUAUUAAUUAUAUAAAAUAAAGGGUUUCACGAUGACUUUUGUAUAUGAAUAUAAUUUACUGAUCAUUGUUAUCCAUAACUAUUAUAUCCAAUUCCCCUUUCCCUGUUACCCUUCCAGUACCUUCUAAUGCCUUUACUUUGAUGUAUUGUCUGUAUUGUUUCCUUUCCCUUUAAUUAUUAGUUACAUGUUUACUUAUGUUACAUAUAUGUAAUCUGUCAUUCCAUUUAGUGCUGUUCACAAGAGUGUAUGUUUUAGAACUGAUCACUUGGUAUUAGAUAUCCACUUACGAGCUCAUUCCUACAAGAGAUCUAAUUUCUCUCUCACCUGUCAUCAAUUAUCUAGAGCUCUUCAUCUAGGAGUGGGGUUGUCUGGAGAUUUCCCCUGUACAUAUUGGCAUGUGUUGCUUAGGUUACACUAUUUUUGAGAUUGUCUGAUUGCAGCUUCCCUGUUUGGAGUCUCUGUAUUUUACAAUCUCUAGUCCUCUCCUCUGAGCUGUUCCCUGAACCUUAGGUGUAGGAGUUAGUUUGUAUUCUGGAAUUUCACUUAAAACAUUAGAGCUUGUCAUCCCUUUGUCACAUGAUGCUCCAGGUUAUAGCUAGCGGUGAAUGAUGGGUUGGUCCUGGUGAUGAUUCUCUUACCAGUUCUAAUGUCUUUAGAGUGUUCAAUUUCCUUACAUCUCAUUGUAGUGGCUCUCGGGAUCCUUUGCUUACUUCUAUUGAUGGCAAUCGCAGUGUGGCUGACAUACAGUUUUCAGUAUAGUGAAAAAAACCAUAAUCUGCAGAAAGCUCUAAACAACCUCACUCAACAGUAUCACAUCCUGCAAAGUACCAACUCCUUAAUGAAAGAAAUGCUGAGAAAUAAGUCUAGAGAGUUUGAUGACCUCAAACAUCAGAAGGAACUUGACUCCUCCAACAGAGAACAGAACAAAUGCUGUGGGAAAACUAAAGUUUUGGACUGCGUAGAGCUCACAGGCAAAUAUGUUGAAAGACACUUUUUCUGCUGUGGCAUAAAAUGUUAUUUCAUCCUGGCAAAUAAACACUGGAUUGGAUGUAAACAGACAUGUCAGUACAUCAGCUUGUCCCUUCUGAAGAUAGAUGAUGAUGAUGAACUGAAGUUCCUUCAGUUCAAAGUUAAUCCAAAUAGUUACUGGAUUGGAUUAUUGUAUAAUGCAAGAAAAAACAAAUGGCAAUGGAUUGAUGAUGAUCCAGAUAGCCGUGAUUUGAUGACAGUGAAAUCAUUAGAGAGAAGUGGAGGCUGUGCAUUUCUCAGUUAUAGAGGAAUACUCACUGACGAUUGUGGUAGAAACUACCCCUGCAUCUGUGAAAAGAGAGUGGAUAAAAGUCACUCAAGGUCUGGUUUUAAAGCAAAGCAUACUUUACUUAUUACCGAGAUGAGUGAUGAGGAGAUCACUUAUACAACUGUGAGAUUUGGUGAGUCAGAACUGCAGACCCGAGGAAGGCAUGAUGAGACUCAAGGGCCGAGAGGAACUGUUCACAGAGAAUGUUUAGCCCCCUGGUACCUCGUUGCAAUAUCUCUGGGAAUCCUUUGUUCCCUUCUGGUGGCCAUCGCAGUGUUGGUGGCAUACGUUUCUCAGUAUAGUGGAAACAAGCAUGAACUGCAGAAAACUCUAAACAACCUCACUCAACAGUAUCACACCCUGCAAAGUGCAAACUCCGUGAUGAAAGAAAUGCUGAGAAAUAACUCUAGAGAGCUUGAUGACCUCAAACAUCAGAAGGAACUUCACUCCUCCAACAGAGAACAGAACAGAUGCUAUGGGGAAACUAAAGUUUUAGAUUGCAUACAGCUUACAGGCAAAUAUGUUGAAGGAUACUGGUUCUGCUCUGGCAUAAAAUGUUAUUUCAUAAUGGACAACAAACACUGGAGUGGAUGUAAACAGACCUGCCAGGACUGCAGCUUGUCUCUUUUGAAGAUAGACGAUGAUGACGAACUGAAGUUCCUUCAGGACAAAGUUAAUCCAAACACUUACUGGAUUGGAUUAUCAUAUAAUGCAAAAAAAGACGAAUGGCAAUGGAUUGAUAAUGGCCCAUCUAACCUUGACUCGAAAAUAGCAAAUUUGAAUCAUAAAACCGGAAGAUGUGCAUUUUUAUCUAGAGCAAAACUGGAUAAUACUAAGUGUGAAAAUCACAACCCCUGUAUCUGUGAGAUGAGAAUGUACUAAUUCCCCAAUUCACCCUCCAGCAAGAGGUAA